UGUAGCGGCCGCACUGACUCAUUGGUCCGCUCAGAGGCUGACAGAGCCACGCUGUGUCCGUGCCCGAAGAUCCGCCUCACUUGUUCACUCACUUUUAAAAGAAAAUACCACAGGAUUAUUAAGUUGUCUCACAUUUUCCAGAAAACACACGACUAUAGCCUAGAGAACCACAACAAACAUGGAGUCUAAACGUCAGAGCGACUUUUGUUGGAGAGGGAGCUGCUGAGGCCACCACAACUUGACCCCUGACCUCUGAUUAUAGACAAUGGGUUUCUGGAGAAGGGAUGGAGAGAGGCUGAAGUGAAGAAGAGGAGUUGAAAGGCAAGGAUGAGAAAUGAAGGAGGGAUCUGAAGAGGAGUGGAGUGGCGGUGGAGAGGCUGCUGAACGAGUUGGCCUCUCUACUGAAGAUGUUGGAUCACGAGGCAGUCAGUCCGGCCACGGCGGACAAGAUGGCCUCUGUACGCAACAUCGUGGACUCCAUGCAGCUGAGCGUCAGCGGACCUGACGUCUACAUGAACAGCUGUCUCUAUAGCAACGGCACCAGUUUUGUAGAGUCUCUGUUCGAGGACUUUGACUGUGAUUUGCACAUCCUCAGUGCUUCUCCAGUGGAGCAGAAAGAGGAGGAAGAGAAAAGUCACCCUAAUAAAUCUACGCCCACCGACACCCCCCCUCCUCUGCCCACCACCCCACUACCUGAUGACUACUAUGAAGAGGCGGUUCCUCUGGAUCCUGGAUCCACCCCUCAGUAUUUCACCACCAACAUCAACAACUCCACCAACUCAGUCGAAGACGCUUACUACGAGGACGCAGACAACAACUAUCCCACCACCAGGAUUAACGGACCUCCCAAAAACUCCUACAAUGACUCAGACGCUCUGAGCAGUUCCUACGAGUCCUACGAGGAGGAGGAGGAGGAGUCAAAGGGACGGGAGCGACCUCAGGGGUGGGCAGCAGAGGAGAGUCCAGACGGACCUGUGACCGACUGCCGCAUCUGCGCGUUCCUGCUGCGGAAGAAACGUUUCGGCCAGUGGACGAAGCAGCUCAUCGUCGUGCGUGACAAUAAACUGCAGUGUUAUAAGAGCAUCAAGGAGAGCACACCUCACACAGAGCUGCCUCUGAACCUCUGCAACGUCAUCUACGUCCCCAAAGAAGGAAAGAAAAAGAGACACGAGCUGCGGUUCUCUCUGCCCGGAGGCGAGGCUCUGGUCCUGGCCGUCCAGAGCAGAGAGCAGGCGCAGCGGUGGCUCAAGGUGGUGCAGGAGGUUGGUAGCCAGUGUAGCAACACUGAAGGAUUAAAUGGAUCCUGUUCUCCCAUCAUACAGAGGAAACUGGAGCUUGAUAAGGUGCUGCAUUCUGAACGACAGGCGUCAGACUCCGACAGCGGGCCGACAGCGGACGGUCAACCCGCGGCUCCAGGGCGAGACAACUCCGACUCACUGAACCGGGGCAAACGCGGACCCUUCUCAGAGCUGACCGGUUCCAUGAGCAGAGCAGCGGGGAAGAAAAUCAACCGCAUCAUAACGUUCUCCAAAAAGAAACCGCCUUUACCUGGAGACCCUUCUGCAGCGUCAAGUCACCAGGAAAACCCACGCUGUGGUUUCCUCAGCGUGUGUGUGAGCGGCUCGUGGAAGGAGCGCUGGUGCGUGGUCCGAGGAGGGAGCCUGAACCUGCACAAAGACUCUGGAGACCAGCGGCCCCCCGUUAUGGUUGUGCCGCUCAAGGGGGCCGAGGUGGUGCCCGGCGGCCUCGGCCCCAAACACCCGUUCUCCUUCCGCAUCCUGCAGGCUGGCAGUGAGGUGGCAGCUCUGGAGGCCAACUGCUCGGAGGAUCUGGGUCGGUGGCUGGGUGUGUUGUUUGCUGAGACCGGGACCUGCACCCUCCCAGAGGAACUGCACUACGACUACAUCGAUGUGGACACGCUCACGGACAUACGACACGCCGCCAGACACUCCUUCCUGUGGGCCACCUCCACUGCUGCUACGUGGUCCAGCAGCACCUCGGCCGACUCCAGGACGUACGACGAAGUCUACGAAAGUAUUGAGGAUGCAGAUGUGGAAAGCAGGACGGCCCAGGGGAGACGCCCCGCCUCCUUCUCCAGCAGAGACUCUGAAAAAACUGAGCAGCAGGCCACGAUCAAGAGACACGUCUCCAGUGUCAAUCAGUACGGGCGCUAUGGAAAGACACGGGCGGAGGAGGACGCGAAGAAGUACACGAAACAGAAAGAAGAGCUGGAGAAGAAGAAGGACGAGCUGAGGAACGAGCUGAUCGCCCUGCGCAGGGAGAAGAAGCAGGUGAAGGAGGAGAUGAAGAACAGCACAGGACACGCUGUGGAGCAGCGGUUAGCCAAGCUGGAGGCACAGUGUAAACAGAAGGAGGAGGAGAGGGUGGAGCUGGAGCUGAAACUGACAGAAGUCAAGGAGAACCUGAAGAAGUCACUGGCCAGAGGAGCAGCGGGUCCGCCCACUGACCCGCCCAAGAUCAGUGUCAAGGCCCGGGGCAGUAAGGUUGAAAAAGUUUACAACGAGACAGUUCCAGUGAACUCGGCGUCAGAGCUCCGUAAACGACCUCCAUCCCUUUAUGCCUCCUCCAAGGGGAGUGUGAUGCAGAAGGCAAAGGAGUGGGAGGCAAAAAAGGGGAGUUAAAGUGAAGAGGAGGUGAUUGACAGAUUUAUAUGAAGGAAGGGAAAAAAAGCCCUGAGUUGUGACAGGACGAUGUGUUGAAGAAGGAACAGGUAAAGAAUGAGUGACACUGAGAAGAGGAGAAGAACGUGGCACACACCUCCCCUCGUCCUCUGAUCUGGAGAAAUAUUUACAAGUACAGGAGCUGACUGAUGCAGCCGUGCAGUACUGACGUGUAGAAGGACGGACAUGGAACGGCUGAGUGUGUGUGUGUCAGUGUGUGUGUGUGUGUGUGUGUUUACAUUCUCUACAGUGAAUCUGCAGAUUUUAAAAUGUGACGAGCCAAGCACAGGUGAGAGUGUGAUUCAUCAGUACUGUAUGUUUAUAGUUCCACGUCCACUGAUUUGAAUACGCUUUAAAACCAAAAAUGAAAUUAAAAAAAAAAAAUUACAUUAAAUUAUAUGUAUUUAAA